UGGUGGAGUUAGGGGCUGGGAGCAGAAGGGACUUAUACAGGGUCUUCAGAGUUUUGAAAGGGUCUUCAGGAAGAGUCUUACCGUGGAGUGAAUAGCCUGGCCUGUUAAGGGGUCAUUAAUGGAAAUUCUCUUCCAUAAAAUUACACUCGGCAGAUAAGCGAGAAGAAAGUGAUCGAGAUUUACUAAAUCGGGGUCUGACAAAGGCACUUAUAGGCGUUUGAUAGACAAUUUUUAUAUAACAGUCCCUAUAUUGGAUGGAUGGGAUCGGUUUAUGUGAAUUAAUUUAGGACUCCUUCAUACAUAUCUAUUUCUGCAUUAUAUAGUAGGAGAAGUCUAUAGGAUUGUCUGUAGGGCUGUCUGUGUUGUAGGGUGAUCAGGUAUAUAGGACCUUGUGCUAAGUAUAUCAGAAUCUAUAGGGGAUUUGGGCUGUUAGUGCAGCCAGAUUUUGGAACUGUCGCUACAUAAGUUUUUUUGGGGUACUCCAACGAUGGAGUUAAGUGGGGCCCCUUCCAGUUCCCAGGUCCCUCAGAAUCCCACUUCUGCCACCCUGCCAGUGACGGUGGCCGGGACUCUGAUUAGGGGUCCACAAUUACUCCUGAGGGCAGCAGAGAAGUACCCCCGCACCCCGAAGUGCGCCCGCUGCAGGAAUCACGGGGUAGUGUCGGCGCUCAAGGGCCACAAACGCUACUGCCGCUGGAAGGACUGCAUGUGCGCCAAGUGCACCCUGAUCGCGGAGCGCCAGAGGGUCAUGGCCGCACAAGUUGCGCUGCGGAGGCAGCAGGCGCAGGAGGAGAACGAAGCCCGGGAGCUCCAGCUGCUCUAUGGGACCGCCGAGGGGCUGGCACUGGCUGCGGCUAACGGGAUAAUUCCUCCCCGGCCAGCCUACGAAGUAUUCGGAUCCGUGUGCUCAGAAGGAGGUACAGAAUCCAAGAUCCAGAAGUUUGACUUGUUUCCCAAGAAUCUGAUCCCCAGAUCUGUUACCCCUCAGCAGUUGCCUUCUGGUACAAAGCCAGUGACCCCGGACAGUGAGUCAGUUUCGGGGAGCGGUCCGGGGGCCUCUUCACCAGAUGUUAGACCGGGUUCUGGCUCUGAAAAUGGGGAUGGUGAAUCUUUUCUGAGCUCCCCCAUCUCAAAAGUUUUGAAAGAAGGUGAGGAAAGCCCAAGCUCCAUCAGUCCAUUGGGGUCUGAAUCUGGGUCUGAUGUUGAAAAGGAUGAACAAGACCCGAGCUCUUCGUCUUCUGUCAGGCAGAGGACCCCUAUAGACAUUCUCACCAGGGUGUUCCCCACUCAAAAGCGGAGCGUUCUUGAACUAGUCCUGCAGGGCUGUGGGGGAGAUGUGGUCCAAGCCAUUGAACAGAUCCUAAAUAACAGGGGCCAGGAGAAAGGAGAUGAAACCUGGUCAAGAGAUGGGGCACUCCAGAGCAUUCAACCAUCAGUAUCAACUUCACACAGACCACUCAUUGCUGGAGCCAUCACACCUGCCAUAGGAACCUUAGGCAACAGAUCUGCCUUUUCACCUUUACAACCCAAUGCAACCCAUUUUGGCACAGACCCCAACACCUACCAGUUAGGUGGGCAUCUAGGACUGAACCCACUAAGGUUGGCAUAUUCUGCUCACAGCAGAGGACUUGCAUUCAUGACUCCUUAUUCUACUGCUGGAUUUAUGCCCACACUUGGCUUUCGCCCACCCAUGGACUAUGCAUUCAGUGAUCUUAUGAGAGACAGAGCAAAUGUCCACAAAGACCAAGUGUACACUAAUGGACUUUAUGGCCCUGUGGUUAACAAUACUACAGAGAAACAAUGACCACCAGGUUCUACAAAGCAAUACAAGUAUUUGGAGAUUGU